UAAACAUAUGCUUCAAUUGUUUUUUUCUUUUUACAGUUACAACAUUGUCAUUUUUGGAGGCAUUGAUGGCUUCUCCAGAAAGAUCAUGUACCUUGGAACAUCAAAUGACAACUGUUCUUCUACUACACUGGCAUUCUUCAGAGAGUCUGUCCAACAGUUUGGAUACCCACUCAGUGAGAGCAGACCAUGGUGUGGAGAAUUGUGGGGUGGCGGAGCUCAUGUUGACUGUGCGUGGGCCUAACAGUGGCAGCUUCAUUUCAGGCAAAAGUGUGCACAAUCAACGCAUUGAACGGUUGUGGAGAGAUGUCUGGAUGGCAGUCACCAGCAUCUUCUACAUUGUCCUGCACUCACUGGAGGAUGAAGGGCAUUUGGAUCCCAGCAACAGUACCCAUUUAUUCUGUUGCCACUAUGUGUUCCUGCCACGUCUUCAACACAGCCUGAAAGUGUUCCGUGAUGGCUGGGACAACCAUCCUUUAAGGACUGAGCAGAACAUGACUCCAAAUCAGAUGUGGGCAAUGGGAGAACUGCAUAGUCCCAUUCAUGAUCCUGAUGAUGUUGAGAGAUUACAGAUCCCCUACAUUGACUGGGAGGCCAGUGGUCAUCUGCGUGAGGAACACUCAGGAAUAGUUGUUCCUGUCACCCGGAGUCCUCUGAGUGAUCAACAGAUGGAACACCUUAAUGCUAAUAUUGACCCAAUGUUACCAUCAGAUUCCUUUGGAAAGGACAUCUACUUGAACACAUUACGGUUGGUUCUCUUUACAACUGGAAAUUAAGAGCAAUGGAUCCAUGGACUACCAGUAGCAGACAAAGUAUUCAGAUACUUGACUUAAGUAAAAGUCUUGCCUUUAUAGUCACUUAAGUAAAGGUAUGUAAGUACUAUGAGCAAAAUGGACUUACAUUUGAAGUACUCAUUAUGCUUUUAAAGGUUCUCUGUAUGCGUUUUGAUUAGCUGCAUUAAUGUGUAUGUGUCAUUUCACUAAUGUAGAUGUUUAUGGUUAAUAUUGACGAAACUUUGUAGUGCUUUUUAUACUGUUGGCUAGUUUAAAGGUGGGGUAGGUAAGUUUGAGAAACCGGCUCGAGAUACACUUUUUGUUAUAUUCCAUGGAAUGCUCUUAAC